UUUUCACAAAGGUCGAUGUCAGGUCGCAUAGUAGGCAGUGUGUGGUGGUUCUUCACACUCAUCCUCAUCUCGUCAUACACUGCCAACCUGGCAGCCUUCCUCACUUCGGAACGUAUGCAGUCACCCAUCGAGUCCGCUGAAGAUCUCGCCAAACAAACUGAAAUCAAGUAUGGGACUAUUAAUGGAGGGUCGACUCAAGAAUUUUUUAGGAAAUCCGUGAUUCCGACGUACGAGCGGAUGUGGGCCUUCAUGUCGUCCACCGAACCAUGGGUCUUCGUUGACACUACAGAUGCAGGGGUGAACCUGGUGAGAGAGAAGAAAGGAAAGUAUGCAUUCCUCACCGAGUCCACUCAGAACGAGUACACCAACCAGCGCAAGCCCUGUGACACCAUGAAGGUUGGGGGCAAUCUCGAUGCCAAGGGGUAUGGUAUAGGCACUCCUAUUGGAUCGGAUCUCAGUGACAGAUUGACACUUGCAGUUUUAGAACUGACGGAGAAGGGCAGACUGACAACACUGGAGAACAAAUGGUGGUAUGACUUGGGCGAGUGUGGGAAGGAAGGCACGCCGAAAAAAUUCGAAGUGACAAGUUCGUUGAAGCUUUCGAACGUGGCAGGCGUCUUCUUCAUUCUC